AUGCUUUUCACACUUACUUCCUUUUCUUUAUCAGCAAGCGACAAAGUUACAGUAGUUCAUUCUGGUGCACUUGUUGCUCUAAAGAAUGAAGAUACUUGGGCCUAUGCUGAUGCAAAGCGCUCUCUAACAACAGGUAAAGUCGAAUUAUAUUCCACACUUGGCGAUCCAGAUACAACAAGAUACUGGACUGUUCUUCCAAUCCAAGGCCAAAACUUUUCACACAUCGAAUUUCAAUGCGGAUCAAACGUCACCUUCAUGAAUACAAGAUUUUCUGGUUAUUUAAGCGCAGGAAAGCAGGUUUUACCUCUUCCACACUUCGCAAAAAUUACAAGGAAAAAUAGGCCAUCUGCCCAAUGGUCGGUUUUGUGCAAAUCAGAUCAUAUGUGGAAACGCUUUGAGCCAUUCCAGUUAAGAAAUAUCGAUAAUGGCUGCUAUCUCGCAUCAACAAUCCGUGAUUCGGCCGCAUCAAACGAUUUGAACACUUAUCCUUUGAUUUGUCAGGAUAAGCCACUUGCUAACACAUACUGGACAGUUCAAGAAGGACUUUUCCAAGUUGUUAAUUAA